CAAACGCUUCAAACAGCAUUUUAAUACCGUAUUUAAUACAGCAAACACGCUUAUUUAUUAUUUACUGGACGCGUCUCUGCUGCCAAAUGACACCACGAAGAAGAAACACAAGGCGGUAGCUGUUGUCACGUGUUUCCGGUGUCAUGUCAGCUUUCUGCUGGAACCUCAUGGCUAGUGUCGGCAGUCGCGUUUAAAUGUCUGUUUUCCUCCUUUUUCAGUUCUUAAAGAUGGAAUUUUAAUGAAACAAGACGUCAAAAGAUGGCAGAAAUUGCACCAGAGAAAAGUCGUGGGUUGAGGUUUGCAGAGCAGCAACUUCUGCGUCAUGGCUGGGAACAAGGGAAAGGACUCGGGCGAUCUGAGAACGGCAUAUCAGAAGCUAUCAAGGUCAAAGUGAAAUGUGACAAAGGAGGGGUCGGUCAUAAGGAAGGGGAUCAGUUCACCUUCCACUGGUGGGAUCAUGUCUUCAAUAAGGCCUCUUCCAGUCUGCAGGUGGAAACUGAUCAGAACGGUAUUCAGUUGAAGAAGACGGUGGAGGAAGAUGAAGAUGAUGGGAUGAUCUCCAAUAAAAAGCCACGGAAAGCCGCGCUGGCUAAAGCCAAACUUUAUGGAUGCUUUGUCAAGUCGGCCACACUGCUCAGUGGUCAGGAGCAGCCGGAGCCAAAAGCUUCCAGCUCAGACGAAAGCAGCAGCAGCUCAGACGACGAGGACGACCAGAAGUUGGAUCUCUCCAGCACCACAAAGCUUUCUGACGCUGAUCUAAUGAAGGCUUGUGGAGGACGCACGGCUCACAAAGGAGCCAGGCACGGCUUGACCAUGAGCGCCAAGUUAGCCAGACUAGAACAGCAGGAGGCGGAGUUCAUGGCGAAGUAUGGCAAGAAGAGCCAACCAGCAAGUUCUCCACCGGUUUGUGUUGCACCGACUCCCCAGACCCCCCAGUCAGCUGAUCGGACGGCUGAGAGUCAGGAGGAGACGGCCAAGGACUCUCAGAGAAAAAAGAUGAAAAAGAAGAGCUCCACUGGGAGCGCUCAUGAGCUAAAUGGUGAUGUAGUGUCUGAAAGUCCUGGAGCAGAUGUUAAACCCAAAAAGAAGAAGAAAAAGAAAAAAGCCAGUGAGGACACUGAAAAAUUAACUGAGGGGGUAGUGAUCUGUGUAGAAAACGGUGAAGCAGACCAAAAAACAAAGAGGAAAAAGAAGAAAAAGAAUGCAGAGCAGAAAGACAGGACUUCCUCACCUGCAGCAGCAGAGAGCGAGAGUCCAGAGGAGACCGCCGAGCUGCACACAGACACCAAAGUAAAGAAGAAGAAGAAGAAGUCCUCCAAACGCCACGUUGAACCUGCUGAGGAAGAGGAGAGUCACAGCGCUGAAUCCAGCCAAUCAGAGCCGGCCCAGGACUGCGCUCCCAAAACAAAAAAACAAAAAGCUGCUGUUAUAUCAGAGGAAGCAGAAGUCAAAGAGGAAGAAGAAACGGAAGUGAAGCAGAAAAGCAAAAAACGCAGAAAGGACAAAGUAUCAGUAGAUGACGAUACAAACGAGGAGGCACUUCCUCCAAAGAAGAAGAAAAAGAAGAAGUCCAAAGAGUAGUGUUUGAUUAUUAAUAGGUUUGUCUUGUCUGACUGGGGAAGUUAGUAUUCAUGUGCCAAACAUGGACUUUAUGGGGGCUGUGCUCUCUGACGUGACGGGCCUGUAAAUUAAUUGAUAGUGAGCUCCAGCAGCUUCUGCCUGUUAAACAACCUCACUUUUACUUUUACAGAGAUUUUUUAUCGGUACAUCGGUAAUAUCUAUUGAAUUUAUGAUAACCUGCUGCAAAAGUGACUGAGUUCAGAUAUUUGCUGUUGACUUAGACUUUAGAUGCGUGAUAAUGAAUGAUAUGUGAUCAUCUUAAUCUGUCAGUGGAUCUUUUAGUUUGACGCUAAAAUGAAUUGAAUGACUAAAAAAUCAAGUCGGUGUCGACAUUUGUAGGUUGUCAAACAUUCAUAGCUCGAGCCAAUUCGUUACAAGUUGCCUGUGAUUACCACUUUAUGUGAAAUAUGCAUUGAUUGAUACGAAAUGUAAAGAAUUGUGUGUAGUUUUCUUCACCAUGAAUACUUGAAGGUUUUUAACAACUGUCAUUGCUUUUUUGUAAGGAGGCAAAAUGCGGAAGUAGACAGAUGAAACUAUUGGUAUUACAUGAAAUUCUGAACUUUAUAUGAACAUUAAAUGAUGCGACACAUCAAGCUAAA